CAUUUGGAGGGACGAGAUUUUAAAUGUGAAGAUGACCGGAAUCUGGAUCAUUCUGUGAGCUUGUCAUUCAGUUUUGAGGCUAACCUUGCAUCAGUGAAUGAUGGAGGGUAUCAUAAGAUGGCCAUUUCUGUGAGAGGGGUUCUCAAUCGUCAACGGUACACUCUACCUUGGCACUUCAACUUCAGGGUUGAUCUGUUCUACUGCCCCCCCCUUCAUGGUGUGGGUACACCGACAUUAGCCACUGCAGCACCAACCACUGCAGAGCUCCCCACCACAGCCACCACAAUGGUGCCAGUGACAUCAGUGGAGACUACAAUGACACCUACAUUUACCCAACAACCAACCACACAACAACCAACAACUGAACGACCAACACAACGACCAACAACACAA